AUGCCACUGAUAUCAUACCUCCUUAUCCCCACAUUCCCCCCAUCCCCCCAUCCGCACAUUCCCCCUAUCCCCCUCUGCCCAAUUUCCUCAAUUCUCUCCUCCCCCCAUGCGCCACCCCUCCUCCCGCACCCCUCACUCCCCUCCCCUUUCCCUUGCAGUGAACCGGGCAGUGGCACUUACCCGCCCGCCACAUGCGCCUGCAAGUGGGCUGCUAGCGUGUUCGGCCCCUCGCUGCCCAACCUGCCCAACCUGCUCGCCCUGGACAUUGCCGGUCGCCCUCUGCUCACUGGGCCUAGAGACUACCGGCCGCUCGCUGCUCGCCUCGCCCACCCCCCACGCGCGCAUGCUGCCAAAACAGGCGCAUGGCGGCUGAUGUGGCGUCCGUGUGGCACAACACAUGCUACUCCAUCAACAGCAGUAGUAGCAGCAGGAGCCAUAGGCGAGGAGGCGACAGUGGGAGAGCGGCACAGGCCCUCCACCCCCUCCCUUGCCCACACCCGGACCCGCCCAUUCACCUCCUUACAGGGGCCGGGGACGGGGGACUGCCUCCUGGCCAUUCCUUCCACCCUUUGCCUUCGCCUUAGCCUGACCGAUUUACCAGGGCGCCGUUGCAUUCAGGAAGUUGGUGGGGGUGGUGGGGAGCAUGAUUUACUUUACCUGCCCAGCCUGCUCCCUUACGCUAUGGAUUUCCCCCCUGCUGCUGACCUGCGCAUCGAGUUCCUUGCGCAGGCGCCCUGCUCCUCUCCCCCCACUCCUACACCCCGCCUUCCUCUCUGCUUCUCUGCUCGCGCCCAUUCUGCAGCCUCCCCACUUCGGCCCCCUCCCCUGAUUGUGCUGGAGAGAAUCUGCACCGGCCCACUGCCCACCGGACAGGGGACGACGUUUCCUAUUCCGUUUCUCCCUUACUACCUUUCUCUCCAUUUUCCCCUGCAAACCCUGCUCACCUGCGCCCCUCCCUCGUCCCGUCUGCCUCUUGCGCUUCCUCAUAUCACCCCAGGGGGUGGUGUCCUGCGUGUGCUACAUGACCGUGCAGGGCACUACAAGCGCACAAGUAGAUUCAUCGUGCUUGAGGUGAGGCAUAGUGGUGGGGGUGAGGCAUAG